AUGAGACCUUCAACGCGGCUUGGAAGCCUGAUGCUUCGCCGAGGCUUUGCCAGUUCGGCACGACGACUAGACAAUUACGGCUUCAUCGGUCUAGGACAAAUGGGCUAUCAAAUGGCAAAGAACCUCCAGUCAAAGUUGAAACCAUCAGACAAGGUGUCCAUCUUUGAUAUCAACCCUGAAUCUAUGAAGGGCCUGGAAACAGAGAUGAAGGCUGCUUCGACAGGAGCUCAAGUUGAGUUGGCAGCCAGCGCAUUCGAUGCCUCCAAAGAUGCUGACACAAUCAUCACUGUACUCCCAGAGCCUCAGCACGUCAAGGGCGUAUAUGAAUCGAUCAUCACUUCAUCUCUCCCGAAAAAGGACCGUGUUUUUAUCGACUGUUCAACCAUUGACCCUUCAACAUCUCGCCAGGUCGCCAAGACUGUGUCUUCUGCUGGGCAAGGCACAUUCGUUGAUGCACCCAUGUCUGGUGGUGUUGUAGGCGCAACUGCUGGAACGCUUACCUUUAUGCUCGGUGCUUCACCCAACCUCAUUCCUCGUCUCGAGCCCGUCCUUCUCCUCAUGGGAAAGAAAGUCCUCCACUGCGGUGACCAGGGCGCAGGCCUGUCCGCCAAAUUGGCCAACAACUACCUCCUGGCUCUGAACAACAUCGCUACGGCAGAAGCCAUGAACUUGGGUAUGCAAUGGGGUCUGGAUCCUAAGAAACUGGCUGGCGUUAUCAAUGUGAGCACGGGACGAUGCUGGCCCAGUGAGGUCAACAACCCUGUUGCCGGUGUUGUAGAGACAGCACCAGCCAAUAGAGAUUACAGGGGAGGAUUCGGUAUAUCUCUGAUGAAGAAGGAUCUGCGACUGGCUAUGGUGGCUGCUGAGGAGGCUGGCGCGAGAAUGGAGCUGGCAAAGACGGCAUUUGCAGUUUAUGAAGCUGCUGAAAAGGAGGACAAGUGCAAGGGACGGGACUUUUCUGUUGUGUACCGAUAUUUGGACGGUAAGGAGGAGCAGUCAUGA